AUGCGUUACAAUGGCCCCAUGAAGUGGGGCCCAAAAAUCAAUGAGAACAUCCUUACAGUCGCACUGUUCACAUCCACUGGUUUGAUCUGUCUUACAAUUUCGACCCAAGAUGCUUCAAUCAUUGAGCAAGCCUCCCACGAUCUAGACGGGCGCUGGGAUCAGGUGUCUGGUGCGGUCUGGGAGGUGGAUCGGAAUUCCACGCCUCGUCUACAUGUCAGCUCCAUUUUGUCGACGAUCCAAGAUCCAACUGCUGUACUCGAUUCAUUCCCCGGUACUCUUGUGUCAGCUGGCUGCCCAAGCUGGCGCGAUCAACUAGAGAACAGCGCCUCACUCUUUAGUGCCAAGAAUGAUCUGAAGGGCAACGUCAAGAUGAAGGUAUGGGGCUUGGCCAUCUCGCCAUUAGGAGAUUUCGUUGCGACUUGUCACAGUGUACAUCCGUCAGACAUGAUAGAGUAUGGAUCGCCGGCUGAUCGUCGUGGCACAGUAGCCGUGACUGCUCUUCAACAAUACCGACAAUUGCGCGAAGGCUUCCCAGCUUAUAACGUAAAUGCCGAGGGCGUCCUUCUCACUCUCAAGAAACUCGUGGGCAAUACGGUUGAAGACAGUAACCAGAUGCCCGCCUUCGUUGAAGAAAUUGCCGAUAAGCUUCUGCAAGCGUAUGGCCCUAUUGAGAACAAGGGCGACAGCGUUGAUGCCUCUAUCUCAGUCGACUCUGGGAUCAAAGUUGCAGAAUUACUACGAUAUGUCAAGCUCAUUAGCUUCUUUGACCCACGGACGCUCAGAGAUCGCUAUGUAGUUCUUGCAUCUCAAGCAUGCAAUAGUGGCAACAAUGAGGACCUCCAGAGGAUGCUGAUCGCUUAUCGACUCGCCACGAAUCUGCAAGUCCUCUCCGAUACUCUUGCCGAAACAGCAUUCAGCACCGAGAUUCGCGACCACCACCGACAGAUGAUCAAGCUCGUACAGAAGCUCAUAGAGCACGAAAUCACACCCACACAGCCGGCGGAACGUCGUGCUCCAGGCGCCGUCGAGGAGCAAGAUGGACCAAUCUCGAUUACUACUGCACAACCCUUGCCUACAGCUUUGAUGAUAAAUCUACACGCCAGAGAGGCCAUAGUGGACGCAUGCGACUUCUGUUCUGCUCCGAUUCCAUUCGUGGACCUCAAGACUGCAUCGUCCAUCCAAGCACCUGGCAUAACGAAGUAUUGUGGUAUCUGUAGUACACCGUUCUUCAACGAAGAAUUUGUGGCUGCUCAGGAGAUGCAAAAGUUGCCAAGGGUCGCAAAGAGGCAAGGCAAGGAGACCGAGGGGAAUAGUUCAAUCGGGCACGACAUCGCAGGUCCUCAAUCGAACGGCGAUAAUACCUACAGAGCUGAUGCUGAAGGAGGAAUCCCCGCGGAAGAUACUGCUCUCCCGAAAGACCCAGAACAGAAUAUGGGAACAGGAUGCCACAAAGAAGCUGGCCGCGAGGGGCCCGAAGAUGUCAUGGUCGAGGAAGAGAGAAGACAAUUGCCCGUUACCUUUGCGAAACUGCUCUUCUUGGCUUGCGAUGCUUGUAUAUAUUGCGGUGGUAAAUUCGUGGGCUAA